AUGGCUGUGUCACCAUCCCAUUACUCACCCUCCUCUUCCUUCAGCUGUGCAUAUACCUACGAUGUUUUUCUCAGCUUCAGAGGGGAAGAUACUCGCUACGGUUUUACUGGUAAUCUUUACAAAGCUCUCCGUGACAAAGGCAUUCAUACCUUCAUUGAUGAUGAGAAGCUUCGAGGAGGGGACGAAAUAACACCGUCACUUGUGAAGGCCAUUGAAGGGUCUCGGAUUGCAAUCCCCAUUUUCUCUAUUGGCUAUGCUGCUUCUUCUUUUUGCUUAGAUGAACUUGCCACCAUCAUGAAUAGGAAAGAUAUGUUGGUUUUGCCAGUUUUUUAUAACGUUGACCCUUGUGAUGUGAGACAUCAAAGAGGCAAUUAUGGAAAAGCAUUGGCAAAUCAUGGAAAGAAGUUGAAGGCUAACAACGAGAAGUUGGAGAAAUGGAAGAUGGCUCUUCAUCAAGUAGCUAACUUGUCUGGUUACCACUUCAAACACGGGGAUGGAUAUGAGUAUGAGUUUAUUGGGAGGAUUGUUGAAUUGGUCUCUAGCAAGAUUAAUCGUACUCUCUUACAUGUUGCAAAUUACCCAGUUGGACUAGAGUCACGAAUACUAGAAGUAAAGAACCUUUUGGAUGUUCAAUCUGAUGAAGGUGCCGACAUGGUAGGGAUACAUGGACCUGGUGGAAUGGGUAAAACAACACUUGCUUUAGCAGUUUAUAACUUGAUUGCUCACCAGUUUGACAGUUCAUGUUUUCUUCAAGAUGCUAGAGAAAAUUCAAAAACCUAUGGGUUACAAUAUCUCCAAAAUAUGGUUCUUUUGAAAACACUUGGAGAAAAGGAUAUUAAGUUAGCAAGUGUUAAUGAAGGAAUUUCAAUAAUAAAGAACAGGCUCAAGCAAAAGAAGGUUCUCUUGAUUCUAGACGACGUUUGCAAUCAGGAGCAGUUGCAGGCAAUUGCUGGAGCACCAAAUUGGUUUGGUCUGGGCAGUAGAGUCAUCAUCACAACUCGAGACCAACAAUUGCUAGCACAUCACAAUGUUAAAAGAACAUAUGAGGUGAGCGAGUUGAAUAGAAAAGAUGCCCUUCAAUUGCUCAGUUGGAAUGCUUUUAAAUCAGAAAAAAAUGAUCCAAGUUAUGUCAAUGUCUUGGAUCGUUUAAUAACUUAUGCUUCGGGGCUUCCAUUGGCUUUGGAAGUAAUAGGUUCCAACUUGUAUGGAAAAAACAUAGAAGCAUGGGAAUCAGCUAUAAAUCAAUAUGAAAGGAUUCCUAACAAAAAAAUCCUAGGUAUACUUAAAGUAAGCUUUGAUGCCUUGGAGGAAGAAGAAAAGUGUGUUUUUCUUGAUAUUGCUUGUUGCUUCAAAGGAUAUGACUUGGCAGAAGUCGAAGAUAUACUUCAUGCUCAUUAUGGUGACAACAUGAAACAUCAUAUUCAAGUUUUGAUUGACAAAUCUCUCAUAAAAAUUAAAGGAUUUUGCUAUAAAACAGUUACACUACAUGGCUUGAUACGGGAGAUGGGUAAGGAAAUUGUUCGACAAGAAUCACCAAAAGAGCCUGGAAAACGUAGUAGAUUGUGGUUCCAUGAAGAUGUAGUUCAAGUUUUAGAGCAAAACGAGGGAUCCAAUCAAAUUGAAAUCAUAAUUCUACAAUUUCCCUUUUCUGGAAAAAGAGAAGAUGAAGAAGUAAAAUGGGAUGGAGAUGCAUUCAAGAAGAUGAAAAGUCUCAAAACUCUUAUUAUAAAAAAUGGUUGUUUUUCCAAAGGCCCCAAUCAUCUUCCAAAUAAUUUAAGAGUAUUGGAAUGGAAUAAAUAUCCUUCAGAAGAUUUUCCUUCUAAUUUUUGUCCAAAGAAACUUGCUAUAUGCAACUUACCUAGCAGUCGCAUUUCGUCAUGUUUCUUAUUGAGAAAGGAGUUCACAACUUUGACAAGUUUAAAUUUUGAUUGGUGUCAAUAUUUAAAAGAGAUACCUAAUGUUUCUAGUCUCCAAAAUUUAGAAAAUUUGUCAUUUGCUUGGUGUAAGAAUUUAUGUAAGAUUCACGAUUCCAUUGGGUCACUGAAUAAUCUAAAAUUCUUGAGUUCUAAUGGAUGCUACAACCUUAAGAGUUUCCCUCCAAUCAUGUUAACCUCACUUGAAUCGCUCAGUCUUUCAAAUUGUGCUAGUCUUGAGAGUUUUCCAGAAGUAUUAGGAGAGAUGGGAAAUUUGACAGAAUUGGUGUUGAUUGAUUCUAAAAUAAAAAAACUCCCACCUUCAUUUCAAAAUCUUACUGGGCUUGCAAGAUUAAGAAUGGGGUGUUCAGAUAUUUACAGGACCUGGGAUGGAACUUUCAUGCUCAAUUGGAACAACGUCACGAUGCCAGGACUGACUGAGAUUUCAAUUGAAGGAAUGGAAGUGGAAGUAUUUCGUAAAGAGAAUGAGGGAGAAGAAAAAGCAAGCUCUUCAAACAUGCAAAGUAUUCAUCUCCAAAGAUGCAAACUAACAGAUGAAUUUUUUCUAGUAGUUCCCAGGUGGCUUGCUAAUGUGAAGGAAUUAGUCCUAAAGCAAAAUGAUUUCAUAAUCAUUCCAGAGAGUAUCAAAGAAUGUCACUUUUUAAAAAAAAUUGACUUGAGCUAUUGCAAGCGUCUUCAAGAAAUCAAAGGGAUUCCACCAAACCUGGAAUGUUUCAAUGCAACAAGAUGCACAUCCAUGACACCCUCAUGCAGAAGCAUGUUACUGAACCAGGAACUACAUGAGGCCAGAAACACUGAUUUUUGUUUGCCAGCAACAGAGAUUCCAGAAUGGUUUGAGCGUCAAAGCAUGGGAACAUCAAUAUAUUUCUGGUUUCGUAAAAAGGUUCCUGAAUUAGUUCUAUGUCUUGCUGUCAUGUAUCCCACAUUAAAAGAUGAGCCGUAUCAAUUCAUCCUGAUUAUCAAUGGUGCUCAAAAACAUCUUAAAGGUUUUAAUAUAAAAACAAAACAUACAUAUCUUUUUCAUGUGAAAGAGGAGACACUUGGAUUUCUUAAUCAAGCACUUUUAGAAAACAAAUGGAACUAUGCAGAGGUUAGAUGUGUUUUGGGGCAUUUUAAAGACCAAAUCCCUGUCCAUAUACUAGGUGGAAUUCAUUUACUGAAACAGGAAUGUAGCAUGGAGGAUAUUCAGUUCAGCAAUUCCUGUAUAAAGAGAAAGUUAGAUGAUGAUCUUGAUACCUCAGAAUCACAGCACCAUCAGCUGCGGAAAAAGCAUAGAUUUGUGGACUCGCAAGUUUCUGAUACACAAAUUGUGCAGCAGCAACAAGGAACAGGUUUUUUGUCACAUGUGAAGAAUUGGGCACGUAGUGUUUCCUCAUUUCUUCCUACUCCAGAAAUGCAAUCAUUGGAUGAUCAUGUGAAUGAAAAUUCAUGGUCUUUGCCAUCAAAUGCAGAUGAUGGGCAGCACUAA